AUGUACAGACGGGAUGCAGGAAGGUGCGAGGAGAUAAAGGCAACAGUGCAGAAACACACGCAGAACCUGCGGCACAGCAAGGAGGAGCUAAACAGGCUGAACCAGGCCAUCCAGCGGCUGACAGUGGAGGUCUGUGAACCAGAGAGAGGCAAGGACCCAGCCUCUCUGCAGGAGGAAAGUGCCUCAGGAAGCGCCAAGGGCAAGCUGGUCUGGCUGGAAGCUGCCCUGCAGAAGGCCAAGCAGGACAUGGUGCGGCAGCUGCGUGAGUACCAGGAGCUCAUGAUCGUCAAGCUGGGCCUGGAGUUUGAGAUCGCCAUCUACAGGAAGCUGCUGGAGGGCGAGGAGAGCAGGCUUGGUCUGGGAUUUGGGGCAGGAAAUCCGCUCUCCGCUCAGCCCUCGGAAGCGCUCCCACCGGCCUGCCGGGCUCAGCCUCGGUCCCUGAGGCACUGCUGCCGCUCAGAGCGGGUCCCAGCGCCGUGGAGACGAGCGCCCCUGGCGGCGGCUGUGCGCUCUGCGGCUCCCCAGGCUGUGUCGAGGGUUUACGCUGCAGCGGCUCACGCGGAUGCUGAGUCCUUCCUGCGCUACUCCGGAGAAGUCAAGGAACCCUAG